AUGGAGCUUAAACAUUUCACCCAUGACCAUCCACUGAAUUUCGAGGAUGUGCAAAAGAACGAAGGUACGGAUGUUAUGUGCUAUGGGUGUAAAAAACCAAUCUUAGAUCAUGCCUAUUGUUGUAAAGAGUGUGAUUACUUUCUACAUAAGAGCUGUGCAGAACUUAAGCGGGAGAUUGAAGAUCCCAUACACUCCGAACACCUUUUAAAACUUGACGCAGGUUCAAGUCCAUACAUUUGUGAUGUAUGUAAACAAAAUUGGGAUCGGUUCAUCUACUAUUGUAACAAGUGUGACUUUGUCAUCUGCAUGCCGUGUUUCUUGGAGGACCGCAUGGUUAAACUUGCAAUUCACCAACACCCAUUAGCCGUCCUACUUAGGCCAUCCUUGUUCACUUGUGAUAUUUGCAGCAUGGAAGUUUACUGUUGUGGCCCCUGUAGAUAUUUUGUCCAUGUAAAGUGCGCAACAUCAGAGGCAGGGUCGUCAAGAGGUGCUGAAAUAAGUAGCAGUAAUAAAGAUGACGAACUUCUUGAGUCUAAUCCGGUAAAUUUACCGGUGAAUGAUGAAUUUGUAGAUCUGGCUAGAUAUUUUGUUAAAGAUAUCAACAUUAACGAGUUUGAGAAAGAAACAGAGAUUAAUAAUGGGAGCCAUAAGCAUCCUUUACUUCUUUUCGAUGUGCAAAAUAUCAAUGAGGUGAAGGAUGAUAAAAUCUUAUGUAAUGCUUGUGUGCAACCUAUCUCCCUUCCAUUUUACGGCUGUCGUCAAUGCAAUUACUUUGUGCACUUAGGUUGUGCCCACUUACCAGAGGAGGUUCAACACCCAAGUCACCCUGAACACUUGCUUGAGCUUGGGAGAUCCAGUAACAUCUAUUUGCUCUUCGAAUGUGAAUGUUGCAACAUGGAUAGCAAUGGAUUCUUCUACGAGUGUCAAACUUGUANUUACGGCUGUCGUCAAUGCAAUUACUUUGUGCACUUAGGUUGUGCCCACUUACCAGAGGAGGUUCAACACCCAAGUCACCCUGAACACUUGCUUAAGCUUGGGAGAUUCACUAGCAUCUAUUCGCUCAUCAAAUGUGACUGUUGCAACAUGAAUAGCAAUGGAUUAUUCUACUGGUGUAAAACUUGUGAAUUCUAUGUUGAUAUCAAAUGUGCUUUUCUACCUAGCACUAUCAAACAUGAAUCUCACAAGCACCCCCUAGUUCAAACUGAAGGUUCACAUCAUGUUUGCAAGUCACAUAAUGUUUGCAAGUCAUGUAAUCACGAGUCCUCAAGGUUCAUAUUCAGAUGUGAUACUUGUAACUUCAAUCUGGACUACAAUUGUGCUUUGUUAUCAAAAACUGUCAAGCACAGAUAUUUUGUCCAUGUAAAGUGCGCAACAUCAGAGGCAGGCUCAUCAAGAGGUGCAGAUAUAAGUAACAGUAAUAAAGAUGACGAACUACUUGAGUCUAAUCUGGUAAAUUUACCGGUGAAUGAAGAAUUCGUAGAUCUGAGGAGGUUCAACACCCAAGUCACCCUGAACAUUUGCUUGAGCUUGGGAGAUUCACCAACAUUUAUUCGCUCUUCAGAUGUGGCUGUUGCACCUUGUAUAGCAAUGGAUUCUUCUACGAGUGUCAAACUUGUAAUUUCCAAGUUGAUAUCAAAUGUGCUUUUCUACCAAGCACUAUCAAACAUGAAUCUCACAAGCACCCCCUACUUCAAACUGAAGGUUCACAUCAUGUUUGCAAGUCAUGUAAUCACGAGUCCUCAAGGUUCAUAUUCAGAUGUGAUACUUGCAACUUCAAUCUGGACUACGAUUGUGCUCUGUUCCCAAAAACUAUCAAGCACAGGUGGGAUCGGCAUCCCUUUAUCUUGUCCUAUGAUCCUCCCAAUGAUCAUCCCGACGAAUUUCAUUGUGAAUUUUGCGAGGAAGAAAUAA